AUGGCUGCCUCUGCACAGCUCAAAACAUUAAAUCGAAAUCGUGCUAUUAUUAAAAGCAAUGUGACGCGAUUAAUCGGGUAUCUUAAUACAAACGUCGAUGUAGAUAUCGAUGACGUUCAAACGCGUAAAGCCAAGCUAGAAGAAUGUUACCAAUCCUUUUCGAAGAUUCAAAUAGAAAUAGAGAUUCUAGCCGAGGAAGCCCAACUGGAAUUAGAUCACGAGUCAGAAAGAUCUCAGUUUGAUGAUCAGUAUUUCAAAUGUGCCAAAGUUAUUAAUCAACGUUUUCGCGAGCUCAAACCCACUCAAACAAUUGCAGAACCUGGCAAUUUAACUUCACAAUCCGGUGCUAGCAGUGGUUCUAAUAUUACCAUAAGUCAAGGCAAUUCAUUAUUGCCAAAAAUUGAAAUUCGUCCAUUUGACGGUAAUCCCAUACAAUGGUAUAGCUUUCAUGACACGUUUCAGUCGUUAGUACACAAUGACAAUAACAUCCCGGCAGUACAGAAAUUUUAUUUGUUGAAAAAUUCCUUAGUCGGGAGUGUAGCUACAAUUAUUGACCAGUUAACAGCAUCCGAAGAAAAUUACCACGUAGCUUGGGAUUUAUUAAAACAGCGUUGUGAUAGGCCGCGUCAGAUUAUUCAAACCCAUAUAAAGGCGAUUCUGGAGUUGCCAGAAAUCACGAAAGAAUCACCAAGCAAUAUACGAUCAUUAAAGGAGUCUGCACUAAUGCAUGUCAAUGCUUUAAAGGCUUUGAAAGAACCCAUAGACGCGUGGAAUUCAAUACUAACAUACAUCAUUGUUCGCAAACUAGACAAAAAUACGCGACGAACGUGGGAACGCACAUUAGACAAUACGCAAAUGCCAAAAUUCACGGAAUUGAUAGACUUCUUAAAUAAACAAGAGCGAGGAGAUGAAACUGAAACAAGCAAUAGUAUGAUAGGGAAUCAAAAUCACAUAAGAGUUCAAUCAUUUAUAGGAACAGAAAGGCGAAAUGAAUGUUAUUUUUGUAGUGGUAACCACAACAUUUACUCAUGCGAGAACCUUUUAAAAUUAACUCCGCGUGAACGAUCAAAUGCAGCUAAAAACAAACGAUUAUGUCUUAACUGCCUACGCAAUAAUCACCUUACUAAUAAAUGCAUUGCCUCCACUUGCAAAAAGUGCCAUCGGAAACAUAAUACAUUAUUACACUUCGUCGACGAUCACCAUUCAAUUAGGGUAGAUACAGGUAGUAAAGACAAUUCAAACUCGUCUACCUCUACAGAUCCGGUAAAACAGGGGUAUACUGUAACGUACAAUUCCGAAGUUUUAUUAGGGACAGCGCGGAUUAAGAUUUUAGAUAAAAACAAUAAGGAACAUGAAUGCAGAGUACUAUUAGAUGGAUGUUCUCAAUGCCAUUUCAUUUCUGAUAAGUUAGCAAAGAAACUUCAAUUAAAAGAAGAGAAGAUUGAUCUGCCAUUUGCAGGUUUAGGCCAACUUACAAUGCGUGCAGAAUAUCGAGUUAAGGCAACAAUUAAAUCAAAAAUCAAUAAUUUUCAAUCGGAAGUAGAAUUCGUAGCGCUUCCAAAAAUCACAAGUUUAUUACCAUCGCGUCGUGUCCAUCGCAAAGAGCUUCCAAUUCCGCAUAACAUCAAACUGGCUGAUCCAGAAUUCGAUAAACCAGCGGAAAUCGAUGCUUUGAUCGGAACCACAUUAUUUUACAAGCUAUUAAACAUCGGUCAAAUUAAACUAUCAGGUGCAUCGGACGUCAUGUUACAAAAAACAAUGUUAGGCUGGAUAGUAGUGGGCGAAGUUCACAAAGCUAACAACAAAGCAGGCAGUAAAUCUUGUUACUUAAUCAAAUCAUUAGAUAAUCAAUUGACUCGAUUUUGGGAAGUAGAAGAAGUUCCGCAUAAAAAACAUUGUUCACUAGAAGAAACGAAAUGCGAAACAUUAUACGUGGAAACUACAAAACGCGAUCACGACGGGAGGUACAUUGUACAAUUGCCAUUCAAUGAUAAAAGGAACAAUAUUGGCGAAUCCUAUAGCAUAGCGUUGAAACGGUUUUAUUCAAUCGAAAGAAAAUUAGCACGGGACAAGGUAUUGCAACAAUAUUAUAGUAAUUUCUUAAAGGAAUAUCGCGAUUUAGGACACAUGCGUGACAUUACCCAGUCGGAUAAUAAACAAGAGGGUUACUAUAUACCUCAUCACGCGGUUAUCAAAGAAGAUAGCUUAUCAACGAAAGUUAGGGUAGUUUUCGACGCUUCAGCUAAAAGUACGACAAACAUUUCAUUAAACGAUGCAUUGAUGGUCGGCCCUCCCAUUCAAGGAGACCUAAUAUUUAUUAUAAUGCGAUUUCGAUUACACAAUGUCGUACUUGCCGCUGAUUUGCAAAAAAUGUAUAGACAAGUUAAGGUAAUAGACUCGGACACAUCAUAUCAAAAAAUUUUAUGGCGAGAAUGCGAAAAUGAAACAAUCCGCGUCUUUAAAUUAAAUACGGUGACUCAAGGUACAGCUUCGGCGCCGUUUCUUGCAUCGAGAACGUUGCAUCAAUUAGCGGAUGAUGAAGGUCAUAAAUUUCCAUUAGCUGCAAUAAGUUUGAAAAAUGAUUUUUAUGUUGAUGAUUUGCUAUCAGGAGCAAAUACCAUUCAGGAAGCAUUAGAAUUGAAACGUCAAGUAACUCAAAUACUAAGGCUAGGGGGAUUCGCACUUCAUAAAUGGGCUUCAAAUAAAUCGGAAGUAAUUGCAAGGUCAAACAUUGAUGAAGCACAGUCAAUUUGUUUAAAUACAGAGGCUAGAAAACUAUUAGGCAUUCAUUGGGAUUCAAUCGGGGAUUCAAUAACUUAUUCCGUAAAGCCGUUUGCUGCUGAAAACCAUUCAACCAAACGUACAAUACUGUCCCAAAUCGCUCAGUUGUUCGAUCCGCUAGGUUUACUAGGGCCAGUAAUUACGCUGGCAAAACUUAUAAUGCAAGGAUUAUGGAAAGCAAAGGUAGAAUGGGAUGAAUCGUUGCCUCAGGAAAUGCACACCAAAUGGACCGAGUUCAAGAAAGAGUUACCACUACUCAGUCAGUUUAAAGUAUCCAGACAAGUUAUACUAGCUAAUGCACACGAUAUCCAGUUACACGGAUUUUGCGAUGCAAGUGAGACUGCGUAUGGUGCAUGUGUUUAUUUGCGAUCAUCUAACAAGGAAAACAAUACUUUAGUACAAUUAAUAUGCGCAAAGUCACGCGUUGCGCCAAUUAAAACUAUGACAAUACCUAGGCUCGAAUUAUGUGCAGCGCAAUUAUUAGCUAGAUUAAUUGAUACGGUGUCAAGGUCGUUAAAUCUAAAAUAUAGCAAAAUUCAACUGUGGUCUGAUUCAACUAUAGUAUUGCAUUGGAUUCAAACAUCUCCUCAUUGUUUAAAAACGUUUGUUGCUAAUAGAGUUGCGGAAAUUCAAUCACUAACGAAUAUAAAUAAUUGGUUCCACAUUGGAACCGAAGACAAUCCCGCCGAUUACAUCUCUCGUGGUCAAGCUCCUUCUGAGUUUAUAAACAAUACACAUUGGCAACAUGGGCCCUCCUGGCUAGUUCAGAGCGAAAACAAUUGGAAAUUCAAGCACCUUGUAACAAUGAUUGUUCCCGAGCAAAGGAUCAAAACAGCGCUAGUCAUUACGGGUAGAGUUGCCAAAGAUAAUUCAGUAGAACAAAAUACAAAAAAUGAUACAUUUGACAGAUUCUCUUCAAUUAAUGCCUUAAUUCAUUUUGUAGCAUUCUGUCAUAGAGCGGUUUCAAAUCGGAAAUCAGCGAAUAAAAAGAUAGGUAAAUUCACCAUCGAAGAUUUAAGGAAUGCACGAACUCAAAUUAUACGGGUGGUUCAACAAACUCACUUUUUGCGCGAAAUAAAACAUCUACAACAAGGCCUUCAAUUAAAUGCAAAAAGUAAAAUCAUAUGCCUAAACCCAUUUCUUGAUACUGAUGGUAUUAUUCGAGUAGGGGGUCGGUUAACAAAUGCUCAGAUAACAUACUCACGAAAGUACCCUAUACUCUUACCACCAAAUAACCACAUUACCAAAUUAAUUAUUCACAACGAGCAUAUCAAGAAUUGGCAUGCGGGAGUGCAGGCUACUUUAAACGCGGUCAGAAACACUUUUUGGCCUAUUGAUGGAAAAAACAUAACACGACACGUCAUACAUAAGUGUGUACGAUGUAGCAAGUUAAAUCCCAAAUUACCUAGUUAUACAAUGGUUGAUUUACCCACACCUCGCGUAAUUCAAUCACGGCCAUUCGAUAAUGUUGGGCUUGACUAUUGUGGCCCAUUUUCCCUGAAGGAAAAGAAAUUUAGAAAUAAGAACAAGAUAAAAUCGUAUGUUGCCGUAUUUGUUUGUUUUGUGACAAGAGCUGUCCAUUUUGAGCUUGUCACAGAUUUAACCACUGAAGCGUGUCUGGAAGCUAUUAAACGAUUUUGCGCUCGACGAGGAAAACCAAAAAAUGUAUAUUCAGACAACGCAACUAACUUCAUUGGCGCUAAAAAUGAAAUAUUAAAGGUCAGGGCAUUUUUUAUAUCAAACGAGAAUAACACUAAGUUAUCCAACUAUUUUCAAGAGGAGGGAAUUAAUUGGCACUUCAUUCCUCCCCGAUCCCCACAUUUCGGCGGGUUGUGGGAGGCAGCUGUUAAAUCCUUUAAACAUCACCUGUAUCGCACAGUAGGAGAAACAAUGUUUACGUACGAGCAAUUCAUUACUUGCAUUAUUGAAAUAGAAGCAAUUUUAAAUUCCCGUCCUUUGACCCCAUUAUCCUGUGAUCCCAAUGACCUUACUGCCCUUACGCCAGCACAUUUCCUGAUAGGAGGUUCUUUAUCGAGUAUUCCAGAACUUGACGUUCAGGACGUGCACACCAAUAGGCUGUCAAUGUGGCAGCGGGUGCAGCAAGUAAAGCAGCACUUUUGGAAACGGUGGCACAAAGAAUAUUUAAACAAGUUGUGUACCAAAAGUAAAUGGCAUCAAGGAGAUGGUAAACAAAUCGAAAUUGGUCAGCUAGUAAUGAUCAAAGAAGACAACCUUCCUCCAAUGCAAUGGAGCAUGGGUCGUAUUGUACAAGUUCACCCCGGAACAGACAAUAUAGUGCGCGUUGCAACAGUGAAAACACAAACCGGACUCUAUAAACGUUGUGUUAAAAAACUUGCUCCUUUGCCAAUAGAAAGACCACUAGAGACUUAA